AUGGAAGCGAAUAUUGUUACUUCUAACACAGAUGGAGAGUGGUAUGCUCAUGUGCUUGAUCAGAGUAACAAAGUCAGAUACUCUAGUAUGGGACAGCAGAGCAUCAAGAUUGCGCUUAAGGUUGUAUUGGCACUUGUUGAACAAGACUUGAGUGGGUUGGUUCAAGAAAAAGAGAUGGAAGUGGAAGACAGCGAGGGAGAAGAAGAGGUAGAUUAUGAGAUGGAGGUUGAUUGA